AUGGCGACGAGGACCGCUGCUCAGACGACAGCGCACACACACACACUCGACACGGCGCUCGCUCAAGCGACACUCGACAACGACGACCGCGAGGAGGGCGAGAUUGACGACGAGGGCGACGAGGAGAGAGCAGGAGCGGAGGGCGCACACGCCGCGCAGACUGUGACUGUGGCAGACACAGGGCCAGGGAGACCACCCACGGCCACUCCGGCGCUGUCGACGAGCGCCCUGCUGGCCGUCAAGGACCAGUCGAAGCAGAUCAUCGCAGAGCUCUUGACCUACGGUGUCUCGCCAGAGUACCUCCUCUCGGUCGGCGUCUCGCGCGACAUCCUCGAGAUCAGCUUUCACGAGUUGAACCUCGACCUGGCCGUCCCGACCGUGGCGCCUCAAGCGUUCCCCUACUUCCCUCCGCUCGCGACCUCGCUCUCGGCCCAUGCCACGCCUUUCACGCCCCGCUCUCCCCUCUCCCCCGGACGCACCGCCUCACCGCCGCCUGUAAACCCCGAACUAGCCGCGCUCGAAGCGCAGAAGCGCCAACAGCUUCUCGCCCGCAAAGCCGCCCUCCUCGCGCGCAAACAGCAGCAGGCGCUCGAGUCAGACGUCGACGCCCUCUUCGCCGCCGCUCCCUCGCCUGCAACUUCCUCGGCCUCGGCCGUGACGAAAGAGACGAGGUCGGCCCGGCGGAACCGCAAGAAGCGCAAGCUCAUGGCUGCGCAAGCGGUGCACGACCUGCGCGAGUCGGUCGACCACACGGAAGAGACGGUCGACGUUCCCUCUCCCGGCCCGUUCGUCGUCGCGGCCAACGCCGAAGCAGGUCCCAGCUCGCGAUACAACUCGGUCGCGAGGUCGUCCGCCCAGCCGACCAGCACCUUCGUCCCGACCUCCGUUGCAGGUCGACCAAAGGCGACGGACCUCGAGGGCGAGCCAGCGCACGCCAUGAGCUCUGCGAGCUUGACCAAGGGCCACGCUGCGCCUGCCUACAUCGCCAGCGCGUCGACGAGGAUGAUCAUCGAGCUCUCGGACGACGAGUCGGAGGAGGAGGAGGAGCAGGCGGGCGAUGGGGCGGACGAGGAGAUGCGCGACUCGACUCCUUCGACGUCCAAUAGCAACCUCCCUUCGCCUUCGCUUGCACCGUCUCAGCCUUCAAGGCGGUCUUCGCGACCACCCGGCGGCGAAGCGGACCAGGCAGCGGCAGCGGCAGCAGCAGCAGAGGCAGCGGCGCGCGCAGCCAAAGCCGAGCUCGACGAGCGCGAGCGCAAGCACCGGCUCGAGGCGAAGGAGCGCGAGAUCCGGCGCAUGAUGGAGCGCAUCGCCGAGAUGGAGCGAAGGAAGAAGGAGGCCCGGUCGAAGAAGGGCGAGUCGGCGUCGCCUGCACCGCAGCAGACUCCGCCUGUCGCUGCGAACGGUCAUGCCGAACAGGCGACUGUCGAUGCUCAGCCAAACGACGUCCAAAGUGUCGAAUCGUCCAUCACAACCGCUGCCGCUCGUGCGACACCCACACCUGCACCGGUCUCGGAGCUCUUCCGCCCCUAUCAGUCCUCCCUCUCCCGCUACCCGCUCUGUCGCGCAUCGGCUGCGUCUGACAGCGCCUCGAUACGAUCGACCUCUCUCGCGCCAGCAGCUGACGUUCCAGCACCCGCUCCCGCCGAGUCAGGUAAGGCAGGAAUCGCUUCCUGGGUUGCUCGCAAGCGCGGGGUCGAUACGUCUCGGAGACUGUGCAAGGCCGAGGCUGGAGGUGGGAGGUGUCACGAUACCAAGUGCAAGUCGCUGCACAUCUCGUCUUUCGUUCCGACUGCGGAGGAAGUGGCGGAGUACGAAGCGCUCGAGCGCGCCGUCGUCCCAACUUCCGCCAACGACGCCUCGCAAUGA